AUGAGAAGAAAACCCGAGUUGCUCGAGCUCGAUGGCAACGAGGAGACCAUGAAUGCCUUCUACCUCACUACGGGUCAGCGCUUGACAUUUACUGCGCUCAUGGUCCUCAGCUUCAUGGCAGCUUUGGAUGGCUCAUCUAUUUCAGUGGCACUGCCAGCUCUCGCCAUGGAGCUACAUGCAUCUGCCAUUGAAGCCUUCUGGGCGGGGACAUCGUACCUCCUAUGCUGCGCAAUCUGCCAGCCCAUCUUUGGCUCCCUGUCAAUUUUAUUUUGUCGCAAGAUCUUCAUCAUGAUUGCGAUUUUCUUCUUCUUUAUUGGCGCUAUUCUGGCCGGUUCAGCUCAUAACGUGUUCCGACUGCUGCUUGGCAGGUCUCUUCAAGGCAUUGGCGGCGGUGGACUUAUCACUCUUACCGGCAUCGUGAUUGCCGACUACGUUCCGUUAAAACGUCGAGCAGUAUACUUUGGCUUACUGAGCUCUACCUGGGCACUUGGUUCAGUCAUUGGGCCAGUCAUAGGUGGUUGUUUCGCGGAAAGAUCGACUUGGCGCUGGAUGUUCUACAUAAACUUUCCCUUUAUAGGGAUAGGAAGGUUUCUGAUUGUUUGCUUCAUGCCCCGAAGUUCUACGCUUGGUGCGUUCAGGACUCAAUUCCACAAAAUCGACUUCAUUGGCAUAUUCAUUUUCGUCAUCAGCGCUAGUUCUUUCCUGAUCCCUCUCUCAUGGGGUGGCAUCAUGUUUCCGUGGAACUCUUGGCACACGUUGGCGGCAUUAAUCCUCGGGAUUAUGGGGCUCGUCGCCUUUGGCGCAUAUGAAUGUCUGUAUUCAACCUUCCCCCUAAUUCCACCAGUGAUCUUCCGCAACAAAUCCACAGCAAUUUCAUUGAUUGGCUAUUGUGCUAUGGGAUUUUUGCUUUGGUGUGAACUGUACUACCUCCCGCUUUACUUUGAGGCUGUAAAAGGAUACAACUCAAUCAUUGCUGGUGUGGCCCUUUUCCCCGCCACAUUAACCAUUGCUCCGAUAGCUAUUCUUACCGGUUCUCUUAUAGCCGUUACUGGCAAUUGCUAUUGGACCGUGUUGACAAGUUGGGCCCUUUGUACGCUUGGGCUGGGGCUACUCUGUCUCCUUCAGGUCGAAACAAGUACACCUGCUUGGAUAUUCCUGUGCAUGGUGUCUGGUCUCGGGUUCGGAACGGGAAUACCGGCAAUAGCUGUCGCCGUGCAAGCCUCGGUCCUUCCAGAACAUGUUUCCAUUGCCAUCACCCUGUCAACGUUCUCCCGGAGCUUUGGGCAGGCGCUCGGUGUUGCAGUCGGCGGUGCCACUUUCGAAAAUCGUGCUCGAACAAUCUUGCUGCAGAACUCGCGUCUGGCCUCCGUCGCAGAUCGAUAUAGCCGAGAUGCAUUUGAUGUGCUGAAUUUCCUGGACCAGACGGACAAAGCUACUCGGUUUCAAAUCAGAUCGGCAUAUGUCCAAAGCCUGCGAGCAAUAUGGGCGAUUGGUGUUGGGGUCUCAGGAAUUACUCUCAUCGUGAGUAUGUUUGCAAAGAGACAUAACAUCGGAUAG